CACUGGACCAGCUACCUACUACGAGGCUACAACUAGGCUACAACUAGGCUGCGAGUACUUAAGCUAGUAGGCUACUGCGCAAUGGCCUCGAGCCGCUGGAACAUGCUCAGGAAUGGCAGCUACAGAGAUCUCCUCCCAGUGGAACACAAUGACCGCGACACAGCAGAACAAGCGACCGCCGGGUCACGCAUGUGGGACAAACUGCUCAUGGCAACGGGUAGUGUGAGCAAGACCAUCGCCUCCCGUAUCAAAGACACAGGCUAUGAUUCUGCAGAUGACGAAGAGGGCGUGGAUACCCAUGUCAUCAAGUGCUUGAGGGAUUACUAUACCAAUGCCGGUGAUGGCAUACCGACGUGGCUCGGUGGGAUGGGGACGCUAUCUCAAGCGACGAGCACAGAUGCACGCUCGGGAUAUCCACAGCAGCAGCAGCAGCACGGAGGGACAUCGACACUCACGCGUAGCACAACCGGACAGUCGCGCAACAAGGUCUCUCUACGGGGCAUCUAUGAACAAGCACAAGAACGCACCGCCUCUCAACAGCGUAGUCCGCAACGUCCUGGAGACAGUGGUGCGCCGAUGACGAGUAUGACGAGACAACUGAGUAGUACCCAGCGCAGUGAUGGCGCUGGCAGUGUCCAGCCAGGUGUGUCUGCAGGCGAACGGUUCAGGGAGCGUAUGAAGCAGAAUCGCGCAACUGCUGCGACGAGUGGGCAUGGCAAUGGCGUACAGGCAGACCCAUCCAGAGAUGCUGGUCGUUUGAGACGCGCUGGAACAGGUCCUUCUGCUGCGCCUGGGUCUGGCAGUCGCUUCUGAUGACUUCUCUUCUUUGCUUUGAGCGACUGCGAUGGAUGAUUUCAUAGAUGACGACGACGACGAAUACCCAAUACCAAUACAUACGCUAUAUCUGUUAAUCUGCUC